CCUCCUCUGCUUCUUCUUAUUUUCCCUCCCUUUAUUAGUUUACGCGGGUUUCAUCUCCUCUCACUCCCCUCUCUCAUUUCGUCAUUUACUUCAUUUCGUGCACUUUGUUUCAUCGAGAAUCGUUGAUCGCUUUAACAAUUCAGUUUUUACGUUGGUCUCGGUUGUCGUGACCGACAAAUUAUAUUAAUAGGUUUUUAUUUUAAUGCACUUCUUGUCAUUAUUUGCAUUUUCACCGUGUAAUUUCAACCGAGGUGAAAUAAGUAAAGGACGUGAUUCAGGCGAAGAAAGAGAAACAAAAGAAAAAGGAAAUAUCGGAAGAUUGUUGUGGGUAACGUGAUAAAGCAGACUAAAUCAUGUAAAAUUAUUAUCAAAAAAAAAAAGAGCUCAUGUAAGUUAUACGAAUUGUAUAACAAAAUUAAGGACGGAUGUUAUUGUUUGUGAUAAACUUGUAAAUCCAGUGUUUAAACAAUUUACGAAAUCGACCGACGACACAGUUUUUUUAGUGUGACCAAAGAACAAAAUCCAAAUAAUAGAACAUGGGUCAGUUUAGAGUUUAAGCAGGUUAACCAUAUAAAGAGUAUCAUCAGUGACGACUAGUAUUUUCUGACCAGGAUUAUGUACGAGUCUUAAUGGGUGGUUACAAACCAUCCCGUGGUCGGUUUUUGUGCUUUUCAUUAACAGCACCAACAACAAUAAUAAACAUAACAUGCCUUUAUUUUGUUGUCAUCUCGUUUUGUUUCUGUUACGGAACCCUUAAACCCAAUUCACACGACGAGACUACUAACACAUAUCAACAAACACAGUCAUGUCCCUGGAUUCGGUACCUUUCCAGUAAUCAAGACAAAACUGUUUUCAUUGUCAGCACAUUAGACGGCAGAGUGCAGGCUUUUGAUGUGAAGAACAAUGGAAAAAUUUUAUGGAGUGUCCAAGCUAAUUCUCAACCAUUACUGUCAUCUAGUAUCAGUAAGAUAGAGCUGUCAAAGAAUGGAGUGAAAACACGAUUGAUUCCCUCUCUUGAUGGUGGUUUAUAUCAAGAGGAUGGCACUAAUAUCGAACGGCUUCUUAUAUCCUCGGAAACCCUUCUUAGUUCUACAUUCCGCAUUGAUGAUGAUACUAUGAUGAUAGGAGGGAAAACUAUUCAAAAUUAUGGAAUUGAUAUGAACUCUGGACAACUCCGAUACACAUGUUCCUUGAAUGGAUGCCAGCAAUUUGGUUAUACAGAUUCAUUGGGUGAUGAAGAAGAUUUGCUUGUUAUUACUAGAAACACUCAAACAAUACGAGCUGUUGACUCACGGACUGGUUCGGAAAAAUGGAAUUUCAGUGUUGGUCACCAUGAUGUCAAUUAUGUUGGUUUGUUGCAAAACAAACUGAUGAAGUCUUCGAACACAGAAGUGGACGAGGCUUCAGAAAUGGAUGCAGAAUUGGAGAAUAACUUUGUAACAUGUCCUGAUGAAAUGAAUGAUAUUGUAGAGUCUUCACUAAAGAUUGUUGUACCCCAGGGCAUAAUCUUCUGUACAUGUCCUGAUGAUCCAAAUCAGAUGCUAUGGCAACAUAAGUUGUCUUCUCCUGUUGCUGGGGCUUGGCUUCUGCAUCAAAAUAAACUCAGACCUAUCAGUCUUUUCAACAAGAAGAAUAUUCCAACAUUGCCGGAUAGUAGUGUGCCUUUAAUGUAUAUUGGACAACAUCAUGACCAGCCCUAUGUUCAAGUGUCAGACCAGAGUGUUGAACAAGUAGCUCCAAGACAAAUAUUCAAGCAUCUACCUUCUGUUGGCUGGAAACCAUAUGUAGCAUCCUCUUUGUCCAGAACUCCAGCAUUACGUUCAAAUACCAAUAAUAAACCUCUGAUUGGCAGAAAAACGUUCAAGAAAAAGAACCCAACAGAUACUGCUGUUGCUGUUUGGCAUCAAAAUUAUCCAUUUGAUGAUGGUUAUUAUAUUUUCCCUGAUUUCAAAAUACUUUUUGAUGAGGAAAAGAAACACAUUUCUGAAGAUGAGAAAGGUGUUUCAGGCAGUUACUUCGACAGGUGGAAAGAAAUUAUUCUUAUUACCAUUGUCUUGUUUGUAACAAUUCCUUUGGCUCUCAGCUACCGAAAUAAUUUAAAUCAUUCGGACCAUGACCAACAUCACAUUACUUCCUCGGAAAGAUUUCCCAGCUCACAAGAACAGAUAGAGUCUUUUAAUCUUAUACUGCGGUCUAUGUUGGAGAUCCUGCCAUGUAUUUUGGAUGAGACAAAAUCUGGUGAAGAAUUAGUUGUGUCCAAACAACCAAAAGAAGACCUUACCCGACCAGGUUCAUUACAAGUCCCCAGCGAAAUAGAGUAUGUUUCUAAAUAUUACACAGAUUUUGAACAUGUCGAGAAACUCAGCCACGGGGCUUUUGGUAUUGUCUUUGUAGCUAAAAAUAAAUUUGAUUCUUGUCAGUAUGCUGUCAAAAGAAUAUGCCUUCCAAAAUGUGCAAGCAGUGAAGAAAAGGUAAUGAGAGAAGUGACCACACUUGCAAGUCUUGACCAUGCUGGAAUUGUUCGUUAUUUCCAAUCUUGGUUUGAAUGCCCACCUGCUGGAUGGCAGGAAAAGAUGGAUUUAGAACUGGGGAAUAACGUUUGUCUUACUCCUAGUCCAGUUACACAGACCACAACUCCCUCUGGUGUUACCUCAGAAAAACCCAAUAAUCAUAUUGCUGAUUGUCUUGAUCGUAAUCCACUGCGACCUUUCAAUGAUCUCGACUUUUCAAAUAUUUUCCCAAAGACUAAUGGUGUUAGUGGUGGAUUCUCAAGUUAUAAAGAAAACGAUGAGAGCGGUUCUUUCAGUAUCUCUGACACAAAUCUACAAAGUACCUCUUCCAAAAAUGAAAGCAAGCAGAGCAAUAGUAGCAAUGAAAGCCAAAAUAAAGAAAUUCCUUUUCAGCAAUAUGAAAAAUCUGAUCAAUCUUUGAGUAUAGUAUUCCAAGACUCAGGCUGUGAAGAGAAGGGACUUAGCAGUUAUGACAAUUCAACACAACUGCUCUUUCCUAGUGAGAAACACUUGACUGUUGAUGACAUUAAAUCAACGAACCAAGUGGCUUGUAAAAAAGAUAAUAAUAACUCAAAAAACAAGAAAAACAAUAGUCCUAAAAUGUAUCUCUAUAUACAAAUGAUGUUGUGUAAGCGUGAAACAUUAAAAGACUGGCUCACACAACAUACAGAGAAGCGGAAUCCUGAAGUUGUUUUAGAUUACUUUGAUCAAAUUGUUGAAGCUGUGGAUUAUGUACAUAAGAAAGGAGUUUUGCACAGAGAUCUGAAACCUUCAAAUAUUUUAUUUUCUAAGGAUGGUUUAAUAAAAGUUGGGGAUUUUGGAUUGGCAACAGCCAUGACCAACUUUUUAGAGUCAGAAGCAAAAGUAACAGAUAACAUGAAAGAAACAACAGACACUGAUGAAUAUGUAAAUGUAUCCUAUAAACGCCAUACUGGUGGUGUGGGCACGCAAAUAUAUAUGAGUCCUGAGUUGAUUAACGGAAAGGAUUACAAUGAAAAAGUUGACAUUUUUGCUUUAGGAAUGAUUCUUUUUGAAUUAUUUUACCCUUUUGAUACGGAAUCUGAACGUAGGAAAAAACUUCAAGAUGUAAAAAAGCGACGGUAUCCUGAUGAUUUUCAUACAUAUAGUCCUGAAUCUUAUCAAGAGGAGACAUGUGACUUGCUCAACAUUCUGCUUUCACCUGACCCAGCCGAACGGCCAAGUGCUGAGCAGGUCCUCAACAGUAGUCUUAUGAUAGAUUUUGUUUAUAGCAAAAUCCCUCGAAGGUUCCGAACACGAACACUGUCAAAUAGCAGCAAAGAAAAGCAAAGUUGAAAAAUGCUUGCUUAUGAAUUAUUAAUAUUUGUCAUGCCUUUCAUUUUUAAUCUUUAAGAACUUAAAAAAUUUUUUUUUAUUUCAAUGGGUCCAGAACAGUCAAAACUUUCUUUUAAAACUCUUUACAAAUGUAAUUAAAAAGUUGUAUAUACAUUUUUGUUAUAAAUCACCCAUUCACUUCGAGGAGAAUAGAAAAUAAAUCUAUAUUAGUGGUAAAGUGUAAAUGUUACUGUUUUAUGUUUUUUUUACUCCUGUGGACCAAAAGAUUUGGGGAUUUUAUUUCCAAACAUUUGUGAUUAUUUGUAUAUGUUUUGUCAGUUUGUAUUUACCAAAACAGAAUGUUCAGAAAUCUUCAACAUAAGGAAAAUUCCAUUUUUGUAAAUGUCGAAUUUAAAAAAAAGAAUCUUUUGCUGCCACUCUUAAACAGAAAAUUUUGUGAAAUUAUUUUAGGCAUUUUUAGUGUUAUUGGUUUAGUGAUGGUUGGUAAUCCCCACAUAAACACUUUUUUGUUAAGAUAUCAUUCUCUGUCAGAGAUGAACUAUUUCUUGCAUCAAGUUCUCAAAGUAUAUCUAAGUUCUCUUUCAGUUGAUUUUGGUUAAUUAGCACCAGUGCUGGUUGCUGAAUAAGCAUGGGGCUGGGUCUUCUCAUUAACUAUUGUGUUAUCAUCAUCAUAUUCAUCAUUAUUAUUAUUAUUAUUUGUAGGGUGGUGAGCUGGUAGAAUCGUUAGAAUGCCGGGCGAAAUGCUUAGCAGUAUUUUGCCCGUCGCUAUGUUCUGAGUUCAAAAUUCCACUGAGGUCAACUUUACCUUUCAUCCUUUCAGGGUCGAUAAAUUAAGUACCAGUGAAACACUGGGGUUGAUAUAAUCGAUUAUUCCCCAUCCUACAAAUCUGAGGCCUUGUACCUCCAGUAGAAAGGAUUAUUAUUAUUAUUAUUUAAAAAAAAAAGUUUUAUCUAUUCAAAACUCUUCCAAGUAUUUAAAAAAAUUCCAUCUAUGGAUUAUUCCUGUAAAAGUUAGAACAUGAUUCACUCAUGAACUUUCUGAUACAGUCUUCAACUAUUCCAAGAUGCUGUUGGGACCGGCAUUCAUUCUCCAAGGUCUAAUAUAAAAAAAACAAGACAAAAGUUUGAGUCAGUUCAGUCUAGUUUCUUCUUCCGGCCAACUCAAAAGGUUUUCAGUUGAAUACUUUAAUAUUAAAGCUAGAGAUUCAAAUUCCAUUGAUACAGUUGCAAAUGCAGCAACGUUGAACUCGAACCGGUGAUUGUGUUACAUUGAGGCACUGUGACUCUCCCCAGGCACAGCAAAAGCUAAAGAAAUUGCCUUGGAGUUGUUUCUCGUGGUUAUUCUGCUUCCAUUUUGAUCCAUGACGAAGAAAGCUAAAUCAUUUCAAUUGGAUCUUUAGUCUGGUUGAAAGAGACUCCCUCCACUUUUGUUUGAAAGUGGCUUUAGGCCCCCCCCCCCUUUUUUUUUUCAUUUGAGAACUUGAACCCAUGUAAAGAACGAAAACUAAACCUGCAAAUAUAUAUUUUGAUGUUGAACAGGAUUCUUCAGUGCAUCUAGUCAAGUUUUGAUUCAUUGUUCUUAGUUGAAGCGUUGCUGUGGUUGAUUUAAUCCACUGAAAUAAGUACAUGACCGAUAAUAAGCUGGCACCAGUGCUUGGCAUUGGUUUUGUGUCUAGUCAGAGAAAAUUAAUAUUAAACUUGUAACUAACAGUUUGGGAAAUCUGGUUAAAAAGGUGUUUAAUAUGAAAGUUUUCAAUUGAAUUUUUAAAAAUACAUUUAAAUUUUAAGUAAAAAAUAUUUGAUGCUAAAUAUUUGAUUACAUUUUAUACUGAACAGUCAUUUCCCCCUCCAUACAAUACCCAGGUAGAUGUAUGAUUAAAAAGCUUGCUUCCCAACCAUGUGGUUUGGAGUUCAUGCCCACUUUGCAGUGCUUUGAGCAAUUGGGUUCUGUUAUAGUCCUGGACUGACCAAAAUCCCCGUGAGUGGAAUUGGUAGAUGGAAACUGAAAGAAGCCCAUCAUGUGAAGAGUGUAUGUUUGUACUCUUGUCUCGACAUUUUGUGAUCGUUGUGAGUGAUCAUCGUCAUACAAGGAAUUAACCUUUUUUCAAGAUUUGCACUAAAAACACCCCUGCCAUAUCCAGCCAAUUCUAAAUUACAACUGUCUCUUUGUACAUUCUAGAUUGUCUAACCACAUCUUUAUACAUUAUACUCAACCUCCAUCCUAUAAUUUAACUAAUUGAAGUUCCACCAGUUCUAAAUUUACUCUAUUAUGUCCCUUCACACCUUUCUUUCAACUAAAGAUUGUAACCCUGAACAACUAUGUCAAUGAGGAAGCCUCAGUGGAGUUGCAUGACUUGCUAGAAAUAGCAGCCAAAUUAUCUCAGCCCACAUCCUACCAUCUCAAAAAAGAAACAUUGAAAUAAUGUAUUCCCAGAUACUUUAUUUCUGAAAACAAGAUGUGGUGGUCACAGAUGGAACGCCUUUGAUUAAAGGUUGUCUGUUCAGUCAGGUUUUUUUCAUUUUAAUAGUUGGACAUUUCUGUGAAUUUAGUAAUAAUUACCUUUUUUUUUUCUUUUCUUAUUUGUUUCCCCCAUCUUAAUGUGAUUUUACAAUUCAUUUCAUAAAUUUGAUGUGAGAUGUAAAUUUUCUCUAUUUUUCUGUUUAAUGAGAUCAGUAUGUGAAACCCUUGUUUUGUUGAGCAUAAAAAAACUGUUAAUAUAAAAAGUUUUGUCAUUUUUUCUCUAAUUCUAGUUUUGUACAAAGGUUGCUAUGCAAGAGUUUAUAAAUCACAGUUGGAAUGUAAGUCUAUUUUGAUUCAUGUCAUAAUGCAGGAUUUAAACUUGUAAUCUUCCAAUAAUUAUCUGAAUCCUGAUAAGUAAUAAUUCUUGAGGCUUCAAGAAUUAUUACUGAUAGGAAGAAAAUGACAAAGGGGAAAACUUGGAUUUGCAAUUUCUAAGGAUUCUUUGUUUGAACAUUACCAGAUGUGAACAGUUGUUAAGAAUUGAUAUUUUAAUAAUUAAUUUUUUUUUUUACGUAAAACAUACUCCUUACUCUUAGAGAAGCUGAAAAAGACUAAGAAAUAAUUUUUAGCUAUAAAUCAAGAAUUUAGAUGUUAUAGGUUUUUAAAAUUUUAUAGUAGUUUAGGUGUUAAUGACUGUUACUUAUUUUGUCGAUGCUGGUCAAAUUUUUAUUUACCAUGUCAUUGAAUGCUGCUCAACCAAUUAAUACCAACUUUUCCAGUAAAGAUAAUAACAAAUCUUAAAACUCCUUUACAAUACUUAUCAACAGAAAAUAUAUUUCUCAUUAAAAAGUAGUUUCUAGUUUGUAACUUCACUUAUAUCGAUUUAAUGUUAAUUAUCAAAUUAGUUAUACGUAUAGAAUGCAGAUGUGGCUGUAUGGUUAGAAGCUGGGCUGCUCAAUGCCUUGCAAGCAGAGUCGGUAGAUGGGAACUGGAAGAAAUUUGUUGUAUAUACAUGUGUGUGUGUCCCUUACCACCACUUGGCAAUCAGUGUUGGUGCAGUUAUGUCCUUUUAACCUAGCAGUUCAGCAAAAGUGAUUGAUAGAAUAAGUAUCAGGCUUUAAAAAAAAAAUAAGUGCUGGGGUCAGUUCAGUUGACUAAAAUUCUUCAAGAUGGUGCUCCAGCAUGGCCACAGUCAAAUGACUGAAACAAGUAAAAGAUAAAAGAUAUGUAAUUUAAUUGGUUAACAUCUUGCCAAAAUUGGUUUUGCUUAUUAUUCCAUUUGGGCCAGUCAAACAGCCUGGGGUUCAUCCAGUUAAUCAUCCUGUUUCUGUAAGUCUGCAAUUGUGUCUCGCAUGUUAGACAUUCUACAUCCAUCCAUCUUUUCUGCCUAGGAAGAUCAUGGGGUAGAGUCUUAUGUCCCCCAUACAAUCCUGCCAGAAACCACUGUUUCCCACUGUGAUUAAUGUGACUGAAUAUCAUUGACCAUCUCGUUUUUUGGUCUUUUUCCUGUUGGCUUCGCUUGAAGAAUCCGUCGUGUUUCUUUCCUGUGAUAUUGUAGCAUUUUGUUUGUAAUACUGGAGCUUUGACCUCUUUUCAAUGUGGAGAAGUAACAGCUUGACUUGGAGAGACCCCUUCGUCUCCAAGCUAUGCAUCCAAUUGAGGUCUGUCAGAGGAACCCCGUUUCUGCUGCUUCUGUUCAGGAUUGUACUCCUUUGACAUUUAUAACCAUGGAAACUGAAUUGAAGAUGAGUUUGGCUUUUUUUUUUAACUAUUUAAAUUUCUUGACAAAUUUAGGUCUUUUCACCAGUUAAAUAUCCUUAGCUUUCAAAGCUAAUAUAGCUGCAACACUUUACAUUUUCCACCUUGAAAAACUUUGGCCAUUAACACAAAUGUAACAUUGAAUGUAACAUUGACCAAAAAUGAUCAUCUCAAGUGCUUGCACUGGUGAGACACGUCUGCAUAUUACUCUCACAUUAUGGAAUCAUCAUAAAUUUUAAUUCUCCAUAAUUGUUCACAUUUGCUUUGAUGAAUCAAGUCUUUACUGUUUUUAUCAAAUGCAUUUUAUAACCAAUUUAUUACAUAAAAUCUUUGUAUCAGAAACAUAUCUAAUUCAAUAUAGAUUGCUAUUUUCACUUUCUGUCUCCACUUGGAUCCUCAUUUCUCAAUUUUAUUUUUAUGAGUGUAAAAGAGAAUAAAAUAAUUUCACUAAGUUUGAAAAAUGGCCUUCUUGCAGAGCAUUGUGGAAUACACCCUUCAAGAUCUGAUCUCUUAUUUUCAAUAAAAUGGCACUUUUUAUGUUAGCAAAAAGCAAGAUAUUUCCCAUACUGAUUUCAACCUUUUGACUUCUAUUGUUGGAUGAAAUUGUUUUGAAAUAAAGAGAAAAAGUAAACUGCAUACACUAAACACCUUUUACUUCAAAUUCUAAUUAAAAAAAAAAAAAGCAAAACUUUUUGUUCUCAUUCCUAAAAACGUCUGUUAUAUAUAUAACUUGUGUUAAAAUAUAAUGUGGCAGCAGCUAAUACAGAAUAUCUACUUCAUGAAUUUGUAUUAUUUUUGUAUGUAGAUAUUAUGUAAAUAAACUUUUUCUUAAUAAACUA